AUGAAAUUUAUUUUUUUCGUUUCGUUUUUAGUAUUUGGAAUCGCCAAUAUUAUAGCAGCUGAAGAUGUUGCCCAACCCAAUCAAAGACUCUUAGAUCCAUUGCUCCCAGGAGUCGGAUUGCCAGGACUAGGAGCUGGAUUACCGGGCCUUGGAUUACCAGGACUUGGUGUCGGAUUGCCGGGACUAGGAGCUGGAUUACCGGGCCUUGGCUUGCCUGGUCUUGGUGUCGGAUUGCCGGGCCUUGGCUUGCCUGGUCUUGGUGUCGGAUUGCCGGGACUUGCAGCUGGAUUACCGGGCCUUGGCUUGCCUGGUCUUGGUGUCGGAUUGCCGGGACUUGCAGCUGGAUUGCCGGGCCUUGGCUUGCCUGGUCUUGGUUUGCCUGGAGUUGUGGAUCCAAUCUUAAGAGAAGAAAAAACAGAAUCCGCUUAG